AAAAGCAAAAAAGGAUAUCACUUUUUGCCAAAGCCCUUUGAGCGUUCAAAUGGCAGCUUGCUAAAUCCAAAGUUUGACAGUGAAAUAUUAGAGAAUUACCUCAUAAAAUGCUAUUUUCCACAAGCCAGGAGGCUAUUUCGGAAUAUAGUAUAUUAUGUAACCAUUGCUUCAUUUUGCUGGUUAUCAUUUUUUGGACUGAAGCAGAUAGAUUUCAAAACAGGCAACUGGCCUUACUUUGUAGGUGGUUCAAUAGUUUUACUCAUCAUCAUGUUAGUACUCCUCUUUAUAACAUGCACCAAGCAUUUCGAAAAACAUUCAAAAAAAGUUGCAUAUUUCUUGGCAAUAGUUUUAGUCUUAGCUGUUCAACUUCCAUAUAUUUUUGAGCAACCAGACAUUUCACCAGUAGGAACAUUUUGCGGUGUUGUCGAAAUCUUAAUUUUGUUGUAUUCAUUCUUUCCUAUCAACCUCUUUGCUGCUGCUGGACUUGGUGGCUUCCUGUCCAUAACAUAUGAAGUCAUUAUUGCAUUAAGAUACCCUGAGAUGCGAAAACCGGAUUUCAUCAUCUGCAAACUACUGCUUCAUCUCAUUGUCCAUCUAAUGGGAACCUUUAUCUAUAUCAUGUCCAACACAAGAGCACGGAGUAACUUCUCUAAGAUAGGUCAGUCGGUUAGUGCCCAAAAAGAUCUGAUGAUUGAAAGGGAAAUUAAAGAAAAAAUGAUUCACUCUCUUAUGCCGCCUGUUGUCGCAAAAUCAGUCAUGGCCACACAUCCAUCAAAAGAUGAAGAUGAUGAUGAUGACGACGCCGAGAAGAAAAAACGCAGGAAAGCCAAACAUGUCAAGGGUGAGAUUAUUUUCAGAAAAUUUCAGAUGGAUGAAAUGAAAGAUGUGAGCAUUCUGUUUGCGGAUAUCGUUGGAUUUACCAAGAUGAGCUCUAACAAAACUGCUGAGCGCCUCGUAGGGCUGCUUAAUGAUCUGUUUGGGAGAUUUGACAAGCUGUGCAAUGCAUCUGGUUGUGAGAAGAUCAGCACACUGGGGGAUUGCUACUACUGUGUGUCAGGCUGUCCUAAUUCAUGCCCCGAUCAUGCAAAGUGCUGUGUUGAAAUGGGUCUCAGUAUGGUUAUUGCCAUUCGAGCCUUUGAUGAAGAUCACAAUGAGGAAGUGAGUAAUAGAAGUAAAAAAAUUAUUUGUCAAAUUUAUAUUAAGAAUUUAAGCGUAUUUUAUUGUGAUUAAAUUUUUCAAAGAGCAGUGGUCAUGAUUUCUUACAACUGUCAGAUGCUUUGCACCCCAAAUAACAAAGUUUUUUUGUCUCAUUUCUUUAAAGAUUUUUUAUUUUUACGUAAUAGUUCUAUCAUUACGGUAAGCCUAUGGUCAGUAACUUGCACUCAAAAUGAUACUAAUUUGAACCAAGAAAUUAAAUUAUAUUAGUUGGUAGUAUUGUUGAACUUAGCCCUAGUUUUUGCAAAAAUUUAAUAAUUUUAAAGAUGUUCCAAAUAAAAUUUCCGGGGGGGGGGGUAUUUAUUAAAUUUAAGUUUAAUUAAAAUUAAAAUCAUGUAUUUGUAAAUUAAAACCCUGACCAUUUUGUGCUUCUCUGUAAUUAACACGGGCUCCAUUAGACUUAGACAUCUUUGUUUCUUUUUAAAAAAUUACUUAAAUUACUAGACUAAGUAAUAAAAAAAAAAGUGCUAGUUGGGUGAAAACGCCAGCAUUUAUCUAUCCUCAUCACAGAGCCUCAAUUCAGGCCUUUAUUCAAUUUCCUUUUAAGAAACCUUCUCUCGUUGUUAAUGCCCCAGGCUUGGAAGAUGCAAGCUGUGUUUACUGUACCAUCAUCAUGAAAGAAAAAUUUGUCAAUUUACCCAUGAAAUAUAUUUCUAACCAACCAGUCUAAUGGAAGCAAUGAAUUGAUUUGAAUCCACUGAGUAUUAAAGGACAAUUGUAACUGAACACGGUUAAAACCUGUCAAGGAACGACACUGAUAACUUAAUUAAUAUCUGUGCGAAAAAGUCCAAUCAAUAUAAUCGCAAGCUUAUUGCAUACAGCUUGAACUGGGUAAUUGACUUUUUCCUCAUACACUCUUCUUUCUCAUUUUUUUUUGGAUAAAGGAAAUUUGUACGAAAAAAAAAAUUGUUCAGAGAAAAAAUUGUUCAAACAGAAGCUUGUUCAAAAUGAAAUAAUUUAAAAAAACUGACAGAAAUCAAUUUUGUUAAAAAGGCUCACAUUUUCCCCCAUUUCUAACUCGCACCUUCCCUUAAAAAAUAAUAAUUGAAGGACUUUGCUUUAAAAAGCAUGUUAAAAAAUGAAUAAACAGAUAUCUUUUUAACAAAUUUUGUUUCAAACAAAUUUUUGGAUAUGUUUUUUAAAUUUUUGUUAAAAAAUAUUCAUUACUAAUGCCAUUGAUUCUAACUGUCGCCCAUAAUUUUUAGGUAAACAUGAGGGUUGGCGUCCACACUGGCACAGUUCUCUGUGGGAUUGUCGGGACUGUACGCUUCAAAUUUGACGUCUGGUCAAACGAUGUCACCCUAGCCAAUAUCAUGGAGUCUACUGGAGAACCAGGCAAGGUGCACAUUUCCGAGUCUACGCGGAGUUUUAUUGUGGAUGAAUACGAGAUGUCGGAAGGGGAA